CAUGCAAAUGCUAAACAAAACAGACCUCACCCCAACUUCAUUUAUUCUGAACGGAGUACCAGGACUGGAAGACAUACAGGUGUGGAUUUCCUUCCCAUUUUGCUCCAUGUAUGUUGUGGCUGUGGUAGGGAACUGUGGACUCCUCUACCUCAUCUGGCAUGAGGACGCCCUGCACAAGCCCAUGUACUACUUCUUGGCCAUGCUUUCCCUAACUGACCUCGUCAUGUGCUCUAGUUCCAUCCCUAAAGCUCUUUGCAUCUUCUGGUUUCAUCUCAAGGAAAUCAGCUUUGAAGAGUGCUUAGUCCAGAUGUUCUUCAUCCACACCUUCACAGGCAUGGAGUCUGGGGUGCUCAUGCUCAUGGCCCUGGACCGCUAUGUGGCCAUCUGCUACCCUCUGCGCUACUCAACUAUCCUCACCAACCCUGUUAUUGCCAAGUCUGGCCUUUUCACGUUCCUGAGAGGAGUGUUGCUCAUCAUCCCCUUCACUUUCCUCACCAAACGACUGCCCUACUGCAGAGGUAAUAAAAUACAUCACACCUAUUGUGACCACAUGUCUGUAGCCAAGUUAUCCUGUGGAAAUAUCAAGGCCAAUGCCAUCUAUGGUCUAACGAUUGCCCUUCUGAUUGGGGGCUUUGACAUCCUGUGUAUCACAGUCUCCUACACCAUGAUUCUCCGGGUAGUGGUCAACCUUUCCUCUGCAGAUGCCCGGCAGAAGGCCUUCAGCACUUGUACUGCCCACAUCUGUGCCAUUGUUUUAUCCUAUAGCCCAGCUUUCUUUUCCUUUUUCUCCCAUCGCUUUGGAGGCCACUCAAUCCCUCCAUCUUGCCACAUCAUCAUGGCCAAUAUUUAUCUUCUCUUGCCUCCCACUAUGAAUCCUAUUGUCUAUGGAAUGAAAACCAAGCAGAUACGAGACUGUGUCAUCAGGAUCCUUUCAGGUUCUAAGGAUUCCAAAUCCCAUAGCAUAUGAGUGGACAUUUUCCAGG